AUAACCAGAGCUGAGCUGAGCGGCUAAGGCUCCGAGCAUCCCUCAAGCCGGCUGCCUGCUGGGCAUCCUAAACCUUGGGCGGUGAAGGGCGGAGCUGGAGACUGUGCUAUAGGGUCAAGUGGUACUCAGGAGGGUGAAUCAGGUAGGGCUGCAAGGAUGCUGCAUUGGGAAAUAAUGAAGAAAAAGAGCCUCGGAUAGGUAGAUGCACUGGCCUUGGAGACUAAGACUAAUCUGGGCCCCUAGUAAUAAGGAGGGUGGGGAAAGCCUAGGGUACUAAGGGAAUAAUGCUAGGAGGAGCAUAGAGACAUAUUCAGGAAGAAAAGGCACUCACGCCUGAAGGCCGCCUGUGAGCUUCGGGAUGGCCUGCCAUCUAUCUGUCCCUGGUAUUCCCCAGGGCCUAGUGGAUGAUACUGAGGAUGUGUCUCUGGACUUCGGCAAUGAAGAGGAGCUGGCCUUUAGAAAGGCCAAGAUCAGGUCUGAGUUCCAGGUUCUCUCUAGGCACCCCCUGGCGACCUUCUUCCACUUGUUCUUCCGAGUGAGCGCCAUCAUCGCCUAUGUGGGCUGUGACUGGUUCAGCAGGAGCUUUGUGGGCUGCUUUGUCACCGUGCUCCUCCUCCUGUCCUUUGACUUCUGGUCUGUGAAGAAUGUAACUGGAAGACUCAUGGUGGGUCUUCGAUGGUGGAACCAGAUAGAUGAAGACGGGAAAAGCCACUGGAUAUUUGAAGCCAGAAAGGUCUCUGCAAAUCACAUGGCUGCCACUGAGGCAGAGGCACGCAUCUUCUGGCUCGGUCUCAUCAUCUGCCCAGUGAUCUGGAUUGUGUUCUUCUUCAGUACCUUGUUCUCCUUGAAGCUGAAGUGGCUGGCUCUCGUGAUUGCUGGCAUUUCCCUCCAAGCUGCCAAUCUCUACGGCUACAUCCUCUGUAAGAUGGGGGGUGACAGUGAUCUGAGGACAGUUGCAGCCAGCUUUCUGUCCCAGACCGUGUUUCAGAUGGAUUCCCCAGGUGACUUUGAGAAGCCCAGGUUGGAAGGGCUGGACAUCCACCAGCACUAGGCUGCUGUGGCUGGCGAAUCUGGGGCCUCAACAAAAAAAGACUGGCCUUUGUCACAGCUCUUGCCUUAAAGAGACAGAGGAAAGGAGACCCUUGUCAAAGCCUUGUUCUUUUGUGCCUGCUGCAGUGUGGCUGCCUGGGGCUCCCCACUCAAGGACAGCAAAGGUGGAGACACACAACAUGCACCCCCCCAGCUGUGUCCCUUCCUCAGCUGUGUCCCUUCCUCAGCUGCUUUGUUGUGGCCGCAAAUCAGCUGGAUAGCAUGUGGCCAAGGCAGACAGGCCCAAGGAACUGUUUGCUCGCUCUGAGUGGGCCCAGGAGUCUACAGGAGACCAACUAACCUGCAGCCCAGGAAAAUGAGAAUACAGGAAAGGGAAUCAGCUAGGGCUCUCAACAGGCAGGGAGUGUGCCAAAACAUCAAGGACUAAGAAAGGAAAUGCAGACAGGUGGAGCGUCUGCAUCCCUGAGGAAACACAUGUAAAUGUGGAAUACAUACUGCCUUUCAGGUGAGCAGAACCUGGGUGCACGCACCCUGUUCUCUGCCUACGACCCUAUCAUGUCAUCUUCGUGGUCCUUCUCAGCUGCACAGUCACUCACACACGUGCAUGUACACAUGCGCACGCACACACACAUACACAUUCACCAUCCUGAGUACCAUAUGUAACCCAGGGGAGACACAGCUUUGCCUGUGAACCUCCCUCAAGGCUAGUCCCCUGUUGUUACUCAAGGCCCAGUUCAAACACCUCAGUCCCUCUUUCCUGACAGGAAAAGGGAAGCUCUCACAUUUGGGUACAUAGUCGUCUGAACUGAACCCAGUCUGCUUCAGGCUCUUCCCUCUGAGGCCCAGGCACCUGGCACUGCUCCACUUCCGGCCCUCAUCACAGACAUCUGCCACUCAAGCAAGCUUGACUCUUCUUGUGGGCAAAGUGGAUUCUACAGGGCAGUAGAGCCCCUGUCUCCUCAUAGCAAACCAAUACCUGGAUGAGCCUGGGAUAGAGCUAGAUGCACACCCCUCCCUCAGUUCUGAAGACUAUUCAGAGCAGAAUUGUCAGGAUCCUAGGAUAUCCAACAGGGUCCCCACUUGUAUGUCAGAGCCCGGCACAGGAGCAGAGUGACGAAGGGGCCCUGUGGUCCUAUGGACACAUGGCUCGAAUUUCAUGGAGGAUCUGAGGUGCCUGUCCCAGGCCUCACUGCUUCUUUUCGGUGGCUGCAGCCUCUAAGGAGCUCUGUGGGUCCAGCUCUGAGCCACCACUGCUGGUCCUGAAUACAAGCCCCCAGCUGCUAAAAGGGCUGUGCACGCAGCAUAGGCCCCUCAGAACUGUCGUGUUCACACUCACCUAUGUGUGGAUCCAGUGGCACUUUGCCCAGAAGAGGGAUCUUCAGGUCCUGGCACAUGGCCUCUGCACCCCCAGUUGUGGGAGGGAAGAUCUGAGACUCUUUCUGUGAGACAGAAAGAGGAAAGAGACAGCAUCUUAAAACACACUAGCUUUUAGACGUUUUGAAACAGUGCCUUGUUUGGCUGUGAAAGUCUGAAGCAUCUCCACCCAGGCAGGAGUCGAGGGCUUGAUGGAGACCCUCCUUCCCAACACAGCAGGGGAAGCAGAAAUAGUCUCUAGAGAACCAUUCCUGCCGCUUCCCUACUAGGACAAGGGUGCGCCUAGGCCUGCCCUGGGGACCCUCACCUUGCACUUGGGACAGAUGAAACCGCUCAUGUUCUCUACCACACCGAGGAUGGGCAGCUUCACCUUGUGGCAGAAGUUGAUCUCUUUCCGGACAUCCUGGAGGGCCACCUCCUGGCAAAGUUCACAAAGCGGUUAUCCCUCAGCCAAAGAGCACUGAAAGAUACGUGUGGUCCAGGAGAUGCCAUACAAUCAUUAGAGCGUUCCCUCCCUCACCUGAGGGGUAGUGAGGAUCACCGCCCCAUCGAUGUGCGUCACAGCCAGAUACUGGACCACCGAGAGGUGUUCAUCAGAGGUGCCAGGUGGGGUGUCUAUGAUGAGGUAGUCUACAUCUCCCCAGUCUACAUCACGGAGGAACUGCUUGAUCAGACCUAGAAGUGGACAAGGCUGAGUGAGCGCCUUCUUUCUGGCAUACAUCUCCAGCAGCAGCUCUCAUUAUGCAUGAGCAUUUGGCCUAUAUUCUCAGCCUCAACAUAGUGACACUGUUGUCCCCAGGGGGCAGGAGGUGAGAUCUGUAGACAUGUUGGGUGGCCAUGAUGAAGUCAAGGGUGCUCCUGUCACUAUGUGUGGCACAGACAUGUUGCUCUAACAGUCGUGUGGCUGAGGAAUCAGUGGCGAGAGGGUGAUUGCCCAGUGGUGCUGUCUGUAUCACUUAUGUUUCCCCAGCCAGGGAGUGGCUCCAGGUGAGAGCAUUAGUAGGCAUGAGGUUCUAGGCGCCAUCCCAGGACCAAAAUAACAGCAUGAACACACCACAAAGCCCAUCAGGUACCCACAGUCCCCCAACAGCCUGGAUGUAGGCAGAACCAGGGAGCGGAGCCGGGGAGCAGUGACAAACCAUUUUUCUUUGGUCCCCUCCAGAUGACAGCAUCGUCUGGGCUGCUGAGCAGGAAGCCUACAGACAUCACCCCCAGGUUGUCCUCCACAUACUGCAGCAGGAAUGGGAAGAGGGAGAGAAACAUGGUUGUUUACGGAGACAAGGGCACGACACAGCUACCUAAAACCACAAGUGGGCACUUCCAAAGGAAUUUGGUAAAAUAAUAAUAAUAAAAAAUCAGGAUAAAGGUACCAUGUGCCUCACACCCACGCUUGCUCUUUGCAAGCCUCAAAACAUUUUUGAAAAACAGGUGGACAUGGUGGGAUCCACAGUAGGCCACAUGUCGCCUGUGCCUCAGCAACAAGCCAAUGAUGCUAAAAGAGUCUCCUCAGGUGGUCUAACUGGCUUAGUAGAGACCCUAAAACCCAGCCUUGUAGGUGAGGUUUGACUGGGGUACACUGUGGCUAAGUCUCCUCAGGUGGUCUAACUGGAUCAGUAGAGACCCCGAAACCCAGCCUUGUAGAUAAGGUUUCACUGGGGUACACUGGGGUCACUCAGCUGCACAGCACCACUUUGGAGCUAUGGAAUUGGACAGCACAGAUCGACAAGCCCAUUAGAGACAAGGCCUGCUCAUCCUUGGUCUGGAAACCAGUCCCAGUCAACAUUUAAGCCCAGUCAACAUUUAAGCCCUGUCUCCGACAGCCCAUCACAGCUAACCCCACACACUACCUCCCCAGUAAGGCUCACUCACCACUGGAGACCAGCCGGAGCCACUCUGGUGAACCUGUGGGAAGAUGACAUUCAUUCUUGUCACUGACAAAGUGCCCAUGGAGGAUGGCUUCACACAGUGUGAUUCACUGUCCUGUACUGAACCAGUCUAAUAAAAAGUCCCUUAAUUACU